AUGGAACGACAGAUGUUAACGCAAAAGAUGGGAGUACCUACACGCGACACGGAAAUGUUAAGCUUUCAGCGUUCUGGCCGACGCUCCCCCAGCUUUGGUUUACGCAGGCUGAAUGCAUAUUUCGGCAUUGACAAAUUUAAUAUAGUGGUUUCACACCUAAAUUUAGAAGUGAUAGAGCAAGUAGAAGAAACCUUGUCGCAACAAAAUUACUUUGUGCUAAAGGAAGCUCUCAUACAGCAUUAUACGUUGUUACCAGAUUUGCGACUACAAAAAAUUUUCGCAUACGAAGAUUUGGGCGACAAGACUCCACCACAAGUACUCAAAGCCUUACGUACAUUAGCCGGCCCGGAACUCCUACCUGAAGAGUCUUUACGUCUAAUAUGGCUUCGUAAACUUCCUGCCAACAUCAGUGCCGUCAUUGCAGCAGAAACAGACUUAUCAUUGCAAGUCUUAGCAAAAAAGGCAGACACCAUCGCAGACACCUUAACCGAAGUUUCUGCGUGUUCCGAAUUCAACUACAGCCAGGAUUGA